UUAGCUUCGAAGCUCAGCUCAGCUCAGCUCGAACUCACAUUACAUCUAUUCACUAGACGGAGAGAUGGAAGAAGAGGAGGCAGGAAUUCUGGAAGCCUACGAACUCCAAUUCUCUGAUCUCAUGCUCUUGAGUUCGAACAAGGAUUCACGGCCAUCGUUUUCAUCAGAAGAGAUCGAACGGUUAGAAUCGAUCGCGAGAAGCGUAAUGGAAAACCUAGGGCCUACAGGUCCAGGUCUGCUAACAAUCACCGGAGUCCCCAACGCUUCCCAUCUCCGCCGCACACUCCUUCCACUCGCCCGCCGUCUGGCCCUUCUCAACUCCGACCAUCGCAAACGCCUUCUCAAGGAACAUGGCUUGGGGAGUGAUGUUCCACUGAAGAAUCUUGAUAGAACUGUCUCAUCUUUUGCAAUGCAGCUAAAAUACAUGCAAGGCGUUGAAAUUACUGGUGGUGAGGCAAGUCAUGAAGGGGGUGACAAUCACAAUAGAGAACAGCAUUAUCCUGCUGCUGAUGAGUUGAGAGAUUUUCAAGAUAGUGAAUUUAAGAAUCUUUCUAAUAGUUUUAAGGAGCUUGGAUUUUGCAUGAUUGAGGUGGCGCUUCGCCUUGCUCGAGUCUGUGAUAGAGCCAUUGGUGGCCAAGAGCUAGAGCAAAGCUUAUUGGAGUCCUUCACGGCAAAAGGGCGUCUCAUACACUACCAUUCAACUCUAGAUAACCUUAUCUUAAAGGAGGCUGCGAAAAGACAGCAAUCUACCAAAAGAAAAGCUACUCAACAUUCAAUUAGAAAUGAGCAACCACAUAUAAAUGGAAAUGAAGCUAGAUCAUGUGAAAAUCAUUCAAAUCUGUGGCAGCAGUGGCAUUAUGACUAUGGUAUUUUCACUGUUUUGACAGCUCCAUAUUUUAUUUUGCCGUGUCAUAAACAAACACCACGAGAAAAUGGAUGCUUUUGCAGAUCUUGUGAGCAAGAAUGUCCUUCCCCCAGUGGACACACAUAUUUGGAAAUAUAUGAUCUGAAUAAGAAUCGUAUUCAAAAGGUUAGGGCAUCUCCUGAAAGUUUCGUUGUUCAGGUGGGAGAAGCGGCUGAUAUAUUAUCGAAAGGGAAGCUUUGUGCUAGCCUUCACUCUGUCCACAGACCGGUAAAGGUGGAAGACUUGAGCAGAGAAACUUUUGUUGUCUUCUUGCAACCGGCAUGGAACAAAACUUUCUCCCUUGCGGAUUACCCUGUCAGAAAUUUCCAAUCAAAUUGUGAGAAUUAUGCAUUGUGUACUGAGGAAACUUCUGGUAAACUAGCUGAAGAACUCCAUAAAAUAGUUCCGCCACUUGGAUCACGAUUGAAAGAUGGGAUGACAUUUGCAGAGUUCUCAAAAGAAACUACCAAGCAAUAUUAUGGUGGCAAUGGUUUACAGUCAAAGAGAUAAGAUCUCCCAAGUGUACUGCACCAUAAAUCUUGGUAAUUAAUAAGCUGUGAUUCUUAUUAGUGAUCCUCCAUUUUUGGCUAUCACAAUCUUAUCUCUGAUUGGCAUCUGUUGGUGUGCAAUUAAAGGCCGGUGGUAAUUGGCAUUUGUGAGUUUUUACUGGUCAAACCAGGCCUUGUGUGCAUCCCACUGCAAAGAAACGUUCAACCUUCAACAAUAUUGUUGCAUCAUUGCAGUUGAAGCUUUCCUCUUGCUAGGUGCAGUAUUGUUACAUUAUUUGGCCAUGGUUUUUGAGUAGUGGAAGGCUUAUAUAUGUAGGACUUCAUUUUUGGAGGAGGAAAAAAUGGUUUAUUGAAAUGUUUUGGUCAUUGCAGAACACUCUGUCUUGAAGUUAUCUGGUGCAUAAAACCAUGUAAAGACUUUGAGGCUGAUGCUGCUUCUGAAAUAUAGAGUUCAUGGUCUCUGCUGCAGCAAAGAAUAUUACCAGUAUGGCAUGGGGAAAACUUGUCUGGUCCUGUAGAUUUUAAGGUGGAGCUCAUAUGGUAUUCCUGCUACUCAAUAACUCCCUUAAUUGAACAAAAUAUAUGACAGUCUUCAUGCUUAAGCCUUCAUCACUUGUGUGCAAGUCUGUUUGCUGUAGUGGAUAGGAAUUUGUAAAUUGUAAUCAACGUAUGUUGUCUGGAUAAGCCAGUAUGAUUCUCUAAUACAACGUAAGACAAUUGAAGAAAUUUUAAUUAUGAAGUAUUGUUGAGGCACGGAGGAAGUCAAUAAAAUCUUCUUCAUUUGAAUUGGUGGGUGAAUGAA